GGCUGCAGAGGUGCGAAAUGCUGCGAAGAAGCCUUCCAAGAUACCAAUGCUCCCCGAGCCUGGUGCUGCGCGGGAGCCCCUCUUCACGUUUACCUCUGCUUAAUGAUGCAGAAGAUGGAAGGGUUUCUGCCUUGCGACAAGGGCACAAAACAACGCGUCGGAGAGAUGGCGCUCGGUGCAGCGCAUCUGAGAAACGGCAUUUCCAGCUCUACACCUUUUUGUCAAAAACUACUUCCCAAGUUUCCCAGAGACAGACGCAUCACCAAUUGAAGGAUAAGCAGCUUUCAGAUGUCGCUUGUGGGUCGCCUGCACGCUCUACCUUGGCUUGGGCCGAUGUGCCGAAUGCCGAGCGCGUCAGUAAUGCUGCUUUCGGUUUUGCGGGCGAGAUGUGUCGCUCCCCUGGCUUGUCAGGCGCAAGAAGAGUACGACUUGAGCACAGUCGCCUGCCAUUUGUAUCAGGACCCCAACAGCUCAAAAUAAUCGCUUCUCAAAGGCACUACUCUUCGCAAUCAGACUCCUCAAACAACGGCAACGAUGCCCCGCCACCUCUUCAUCUUGCCCAUCGCAUGGCCGAAGCAGCGGCGACCUCAUUCGCGUCUAUAUUGGUGCUGGCCGUCGGCUUCGCCAUUGCCGGAUACGCCUAUCACAAGUCAUACAAGGCCAUCGUUCUCAAAAAGAUGGCCAAUGCUUUUGAACCUGGCGACCCAGUCCUUGAGCUUGCUGCGAUGGGCAAAGGAAUGCCUUACCCGCUCAUCCACGGCCACCACCCAGACGGUAGCGAAAUUGGCUCGCACUAUUGGGUAGCUCGACCGGAGCAGGAAAAGGUUGAUGCUAUUGUGGCUGGUCGCAUUAGUGGACACUAUCAUCUCUUGAUUGGAGAAAAAGGCACCGGGAAGACGAGCAUGCUCCUCGAAGCGAUGCGUAAGAUUGACGGGGAAGGUAUCGCCAUGCUUGACUGCCACGCGGAUCUCGAGUUGUUCCGCAUACGCUUGGGCAAAGCCCUCGACUAUGAGUACCACGAGGAUUACAUUGGUGGAUACUUCAACGAGCGAGGACCAAGGGACACCACAGCAUUGCUUGACAUCGAACGUGCUCUCAACAAGCUCGAAAAGGUUGCCAUGAAGCGGCGGAAGACGAAGCCAGGUCGACCCCUUGUGCUUAUCAUCAACCAGAUGCAUUUGCUCCGUGACGACGAGGAUGGCAAAGACUUGUUGGAACUUCUGCAGCAGCGAGCAGAGCAAUGGGCGGCAGCGAACUUGGUCACCAUGGUAUUCAAUUCGGAUGAUUACUGGGUUUACGAGCGGUUCAAGCAGCUUGCUACACGCAUGGAGGUUCUAGCUGUUCAGGACUUACCCAAGGCACAGGCUACAGACGCUAUGAAGAAGUACCGACUAAGGUACCAUGCACAGGAGAUCGAUGAUGCCACUGCCGACAGUAUCUACGGACAAGUUGGCGGCCGAUUGACCUUCCUCCAUCGCGUCGCCAAGAGCAAUAACAUGCUAGAAACUUGUCGCAAACUUAUCCAGAUUGAGAAGACUUGGUUCCUCAACCAAUGUUGGAUCCUUGGCUCGACAAUGGAUGACGACGUAAUGGACCAGCAGAAAUGGGCGGCUGCUGCCAUGGUACUUGCUCUUGCUCUUGUCGACAAAGAAACCGAGAUGGAGAAUACUUACGACCCUGUCAAGGGUCAUGUGCUGCCGUCAUUUCCAGUUCAUGAGGCACAGGAGAUAAUGACGCGAGCCGACUUCGUCCGUGACUUUGACCGACGUAACCUUUUCGCCAUCACGAGUUCCGCCGACGUUCGUGCUUCGUCAGUCCCGAUGCACAUCGCCUUCAAAGAGAUUUGCUCGCAACCCGGAUUCCGAGAACACCUCGCCGCGACCAACAAGCGUAUCGCCGACAUUGAGAGCUUGGGCCGCACAAGGGAAUUGCAAGCCAAGGAUCUCUUCCUUGGUGGCAAGUACGAAAUUACCCAAAAGAAGGGGAUGACUGUUGUGGAGCUGAAGGGAAUCGAGCCGGAUGGAUCUCCGUCUGACCCAGAAGAUGCAGCACCUUAGUAACUCAAGCUCAUCCAUGCACCUCUUGGCCACCAUUUUCCUUUGUCUUUUUGUCCAACCAUAUGUCUCAUGUACCACCACGCUUGUAUAUCUCGGAGUUGAUGGCUUAUCCUCGGUAGACCUAGACAGAUCGAUCUCGUGAUGCCCAUUUUCAAUUCUCAGCCAAUGGUCG